CGCUCUGUCCGUGCAAGAAGAGAACAAAAAAAAACCAGUCCACAACACGACAGCGAUACAACCGAAGUGGAGCGAGCAGUUGCUGUUCCGAAUUCUUUGUUUUUCUUCGCAAUUUCCCCUUUUGACAUCAUUCGGAAGAGGCUGAAGCUCGAUCUAUAGCGCUAGUGGAGGCGACUUUGACCGCAUCUAUCGAUUUCCCGUUCUUCUUGUGAGCUCCGUGCUUGCAGCUGAGUGAGAAGCUUGAGGGGCAAAACCUGUUCGAUCUGGUGCAGUGCUUGAAGAAGACGGAGGAUUUGAUGCCCAUUCGAUGCGUGAUUUAGUGCAAUUGGGGCUGGAAACGGGUGCGUACUGGGCUUGUUGAUGUUUACUCGUGGUGAAUUCUGCUGAUAAUUGAUCUCUGCAGCUCAAUGAACAUCCAGUUCCUAGCGAAUUUGCUGAACUGUACUGGCUUAGCAUAGACGAUUUGUUGGUUGGUUUCGGCUGACCCGAUAUUCUUUUGAGGCUGUUUCGAGGUGGGGUUAUUGUUAUGGUGUCUGAGAAGUGCGAUUUGAGCUUAAUUCAUGCCCUGCCCGAUGAUAUAUUCGCUAUCGUAUCUCGGUCUCUCUCUCCGAGGGAUGUGUGUAAUCUUAGCCUGUGCUGCCGGAGCCUGUGUGCCCUCGUUGAGUCCGAGAAGGUCUGGCUCAGUCAAUGUGAGGUGCUGGGAAUAGUGCCUGCUAAGGACCUCAUCGAAUGGAGAAAGGGGGUCUCUUCCUACAAGGCGCUCUGCCACUUUCUCGUCGCUGUUCAACCGCUGCUGGGGAUAUGGGUUCACCAGAAUCCCGAGCUUGGAAAUGUCGUGUAUGCAAUGCCAGGCUUCGUGUCAGUGGUCGGGUGCAGAGUUAUUCCUCAGGAGCUAGGCCCACUGGGGAUUGAAGAUGGGCCCAUUUUGUGGGCGCCGGUCUUUGAAGUUAUUGGUGAUUUUGAUGGUUCUGCAAUGUUUCUCCUGCAUGGGAGGGAGAAGGGGAAUGACUACUUUUAUCCUGGUUCUGUAAAGGUUUCUGAUAGAUCUUGCAACGUGCUCUUGCUCGAGGUUGAGCCUAGGCUGCAAAGAAACGGUGGCAAAUUGGUGUACAGUAAAAGCUUUGCACACUACCCAGAGAAGGAAUAUCCAAUAGAGGUUUGUAGGUCAGACAGCGGAUUAAAUAGGUCAGACGGAGUAGUGGGACAGAACGAGAUGAGGGUGCCCUUUGGUAGGUUGGGUUUUAGUGAUAGAAGAAAGUUGCUCGAGGUUGUUACCAGCCAGGUACGUCAAAAGGUGCAUGAUUCGGCACACGGGCCACUCUUUCCUCGGUUGAGGGAUGACGAAGAGAGCUUUCAGAAAGAUCUAAAGCUACUGGCAGAAAGAAGAUCCUCGCUCUUGCAGUCAUGUAAGCUUGGUGGAGGGCACAAAGAUUGGAACUCUGAAAAGCCAUUGGAUCCAACCCAAUUAGAAUUGAGUGAAAUCCGGAAAACCCUUGAUCGAUCUACCAGUACCAGUAAAUCUUCAACUGGGGAUGAUAGCACGGAAAUGUGCAUGAAAAAGAAAACUGUUGGGGGGUACGUUAGGAAUAGUAUUAAGCAAAUCCUGAGGAAGUCAAACUCUUUUAAUGGUAGGCACACCGCUUUAAAGAAUGGAGCCUCGAGCAGUGAGAAUAAGCAUGCUCAACUUCAUGAGUUUCUACGAUCGGGUGAUACGAUUGGCCUCAAUUUACAUGCCUCCUAUAUCAAGUUAUCUUCUUACCGAGCAUGGCCAAACAUGCAUGAUAGUCGUUUUGCCCUGUACAAAUUGCCUCUAAGGGCUCCAAAACCUGACCAAGAGUAUGCUGGUCUGUGGGGUGGGACUUUUGGAUGGCCUCCUGGAAAGCCUACUGAAGAUAAGCCAGGGAAGGCUUUAUUCUUUCUCAUGCUCUCAUAUGAGGAAUCCCAGGGUCAGCGCUUCCUCAUUGCAACCAAGAUAUUAGAGGGCACCCACUACGUUCUGCAUCCAAAUGGUUCGGCAAUGUUCAUAGUAAACAUUGAUCAGCCAUCGGAGGAUAUUUUCCCAUGGAACACUGAUGCUAAUGGUCACUCUGUGACUGUGGAAAAUGCUUUUCCCGGAGAGGGUAUUGCAAAUGGGUAUGGUUUCAGAUACCCUGGUGCAAAACCUGGUUCACUUUACAUAAUUCAGAAUGGUCUUCUUGCUUUCAUUUGGAAAGAGUCGAAGGCUGUCUUAACCUUGCAGAGGCUGAGCCUACAAGAUCUAUUGAAGAAAGGUGAACGAGUGCCUGCUCUAUCUGCGACUUCCAACUUCUCAUAUCUGACUAAGUCAUACUCCAAUGUGUUUGCUGGUUUCUCACACUCCUCCACUAGCCUGAAUUCCCCAAGGCAAAAAGGCCUCUAGGAAGUUCAAGUGCUUGUGGAUGAGGAAACCAGAGGACCUGAAUUGAUGUUUGCGUCCAUAAAUAAGGAAAAUUUUCCUCUGCGGUUGCCCGUAGAUUGUGACUGGGAGCGCAGUGACCAGGUGACGCCUGUGUCCCUGUUUCUGCCAUUAUCUGUUGUGAGUGCUGCCUACCCUAUGCAGGCAGGCUUCUUUCUCCCAAAACUUCAAAAGGGUGAGGUAUUUUCAGCUGUAUGCAAUGUUGAGUUUACCUUCAUGUGAUAGUUGAAAGUUUGUUAUUACGAAUUUGUAAUCAGUAUCAGUUUAUAUAUGGCAACAGUGUAUCUGCAUUAUUCUCAGUGAAGUUUCUCAGGGAUUGGGCUUCUUUA